AUUGACAGAAAAUUCGGAAGGUGUCGGUGUUUUACGUUAGAUUGAGAAUUCCAGUUUCCAAUGAAAACAAGUUGAAGAUGGAUCCAUUAUUUUUGGCAUACAGCUACUUUAGAAGACGUAAAUAUCAACAAAGUGUUGAUAUUUGCACACAAUUAUUGGAAAAGAAUCCUUAUGACCAGGCUGCAUGGACUCUGAAAACUCGAGCUUUGACAGGGCAGGUAUAUGUUGAUGAAGUGGACUGGGAUGAAGAGGGUAUAGCAGAAAUGUUAAUGGACGACAAUGUCACUGCACAAGUAGCACGACCGGGAACAUCCCUCCGUCAGCCAGGCACUGGUCAAGGAGGAGUUAGUCAGGGAGUCAGACCCAUGUCCCAGUCUGGUAGACCUGUUACUGGUUUUGCCAGGCCUGGUACUCAGUCAGGUAGGCCGGGAACCAUGGAACAGGCAAUAAGAACUCCUCGUACAGCUCACACAGCAAGGCCAGUAACCAGCGCAUCAGGGAGAUAUGUCAGGCUGGGAACUGCUUCUAUGCUGUCAACCCCUGAUGGACCAUUUAUAAAUCUGGCUCGUAUAAAUAUGUCCAAAUAUUCAGCGAGACCUGGACUUGCUAAAGCUCUGUUUGAGUAUAUAUUUCACCAUGAAAAUGAUGUCAGAAAUGCACUAGAACUAGCAGCCUUGGCAACUGAAGCAAGUCAGUUUAAAGAUUGGUGGUGGAAAGUACAGCUAGCAAAAUGUUACUAUAGACUAGGAAUGUAUCGUGAUGCAGAACAACAGCUGAAAUCUGCGUUAAAACAUCAGGACAUGAUUGAUACCUAUCUAUACCUGUGUAAAGUUUAUAUACGUCUGGACCAGCCUCUAACUGCUGUAGACUUCUAUAAACAAGGGUUAGAGAAAUUUCAGGGGGAGACUAGUCUCAUGUCUGGUAUAGCAAGAAUAUACGAGGGUUUGAAUGAGAUGGACAAUGCUGUGAAGUUUUAUAAAGAUGUUUUGAGAUACGACAACAUGCAUGUAGAAGCUAUAGCCUGUAUAGCAACUCAUCAUUUUUAUACUGACCAACCAGAGGUGGCACUUAAAUUUUACAGGCGCCUGUUACAGAUGGGUGUUUACAAUGCAGAACUAUUUAAUAAUCUAGGUUUAUGUUGUUUUUAUGCACAACAGUAUGACAUGACAUUAACUUGUUUUGAAAGAGCUCUAAAUUUAGCCGAUGAAAACACAGUGUCUGAAAUCUGGUUUAAUAUAGGACACAUUGCAAUGGGUAUCGGAGAUAUGACGCUUGCGUACCAGGCAUUCCGAUUGGCUCUUUCUAAUAACAAUGACCAUGCUGAAGCUUAUAAUAAUUUAGGUGUUCUUGAAAUGAGGAAAGGACAUGUUGAUAUGGCACGAGCAUUUUUCCAAGCAGCUUAUGUGAUAUCACCACACAUGUAUGAACCCCAUUAUAAUUGGGCCCAGUUGGCAGAUCAGCUUGGUGAUCUACAGAGCAGUUAUAACUCGGCAAAGAGAGCUGUGGACGCUUUCAAAGACCAUGUUGACUCCAAGGACCUUCUUAAACAGUUGCAGCAUCACUUCCAGUUAUUGUGAUUUAACAGUUAAAAAUAUAAUUAUCUAAUGUGUUAAAAGAUGAUACAACUUUAUUUUAAAAACCAUAAUCUGCUCUGCAGGAAAGCAGUUGGCCUUUGUCACCAGUAUAGAGGCAGACCAACCUGCACAUCUAGGCAGUCUGACCAGGCAAUAUACUGUUUGCUGACUUAUCUUAAAUUUUCAUCUUGAUAACCCCAAAAAUUGAUAAUGGACAGUUCCAAAAAUGAAAGCUGGUCAAGUCCAUUUAAGAUAUUUAGCGUGGUUAGGUUUAAAAUAUGGAUAUUAUCUACAGUAAAUGCGCUGUGACAUUCUAAGCGUAAUAGAUGUUGGAAAGAAAUAUCUCCUGUGAAAAUCAACAAAACUUCUCUAGAUUAUUCUAUUUUCAAAACAGUUACUAAAGUAUAUUCUUUGUUGAUGCAUGUAUUUAUCUGUUUUAUUUCAUGUUAUUUGUGAGAUCAUUAUGUGAUUUUGAAGGAAAAAACAUUUUUGAAAUAUAUUUUCCUUUUACUUUAAGAGAGUCAUUUAAGGAAAAUUAAAGUGUCUGUGUAUUUAUUCUGUAUAUGUGAUUGUGGUAUAGAUGUACUUUUAUUCCGUCCAAGAAUUUAAAUUUCAUUGAAAUAUGUAUUAUUUUUCAUGGUUUAAAUAUGCUAUUUUAUUUUUUGUAUGUUUAUCUGAAGUUUGUAUUUAUGAUGAAAAUUGUGUACAUUAACCGUGAUUGUUUUCAUUGUUGUUUACAUUAAUUUGCAUACUACUUUGAUUUAUCUGUGUUUUAAAGAUAUAUUUGAAUAAAUACAAGAGGGAAGAAACAUAUGUUGUGAUUAUUUUUACAAAUAAAUUUUCCUGUUCACAUU